AUGGAGACAACUCCACUCAUUUCUUCCUCAUCGUCUACGAUGUUAAAGCUCUUCUCGAAGUACGGAGCUACCGCUGAGGCGAGAGCGGCGCCUGCUGAGGGCCAGUCCAAGGCUGACCCUGACGCGCCACCCUCAGACAUCGACAAUGGAUCCCUCUAUCAGGUCCGCCAGGCAAAGCGUCAGAUAGGUGUCACAUCAGCCGCAGGGCUUGUGUUUAACAGAAUGGUCGGCACAGGUAUCUUCGCGACUCCUUCUGCCAUAUUCUCUCUGAGUGGUAGUGUUGGGUUAUCUUUGUUCAUCUGGGUUGCUGGCAUGCUGAUCGCUGCUGCUGGCAUGGCCGUCUACCUCGAGUUUGGCACAACUAUUCCGCGCAACGGCGGAGAGAAAAACUACCUUGAAUUUGUUUACCGCAAGCCCAAAUUUCUCGUUACUGGACUCUACACUGGCUAUGUUGUGCUUCUAGGAUGGGCGGGAUCCAACUCCGUUGUCUUUGGAGAGUACAUUCUCCACGCUGCCAACGUUGAAGUCAACCGUUGGAACCAGCGUGGGAUUGGCCUAGCUUGCAUCACCACAGCCUUCCUCAUCCAUGGGCUUGCCUUAAAGUGGGGGUUGAGGCUCCAAAACGUGCUGGGAGCCAUUAAACUACUCAUUAUCUUGCUGAUAGUUGUGUGCGGUUGGGCAGCACUGGGAGGCGCUGUCAAGAUUGAACCCAAGCCAAACAAUUUCGACAAUGCCUUUUCGGGCACCACUGGUAGCGCUUAUGGCGUGGUCACCGCACUGUACAACGUCAUCUGGAGUUAUAUCGGAUACAGCAACGCCAACUAUGCCCUUAGCGAGACCAAAAACCCUGUCCGCACCUUGAAGCUCGCUGCUCCACUGGCUCUCGGUUCUGUCGCCGUCUUGUACAUGCUCGUCAACGUUGCCUACUUUGCCGCAGUUCCCGCGGACGAAAUUAUCGCCUCGAAGCGUCUCGUCGCUGCAUCGCUCUUCCGUAACGUUCUCGGACCCAAGGCUGAACGUGCGCUUUCCGUCUUUGUUGCACUCUCUGCUUUCGGAAACGUUUUGAGUGUAAUUUUCUCCCAAGGCCGUCUUGUGCAAGAGCUAGGUCGUGAAGGUAUCCUGCCUUUCUCAAAGCUUUGGGCUAGCAACCGUCCAUUCAACGCACCUCUUGCUGGUCUCUUCGAGCAUUGGCUUGUUUCGGUUAUCAUCAUGCUUGCGCCUCCCCCCGGUGAUGCGUACAACUUCAUACUCAACGUUAUUUCCUACCCGCUCGCUAUUGUCAACGUCUUCGUUGCAGCAGGCCUGGCCUGGAUCUACCUACACAAGGAGCAAUACAACUGGAACCCUCCGAUAAGAGCAACUCUUCCUGUCACCAUCUUCUUCCUCCUCAGCAACAUAUACUUGGUCAUUGCACCGUUCGUCCCUCCUAGUGACGGCAACAGCGUUUACGAGACCCUGCCAUACUACCUUCACUGCGUCGUUGGCUUCGCCAUCAUUGCUGCUGGUGGUAUUUACUGGGUAAUCUGGGCAAUUGUGUUGCCCAAACUUGGAAAGUACACACUCGAGCGUGAAGUCGUUGUCGAUGAGAUUGAUGGUUGGGAGAGCCAUGUGUUCAAGAAGGUGCCUAAUUGA